GAAUUUGGAGGAGGGGGGGGUGAAAGGAUGCACUUGCAGGAAACACCGGACAGCCUUUUGUCUUCAGAUGAUCUUGUUUGGUUUGAUAUCUGUCAAUAAAACCGACAGAAGUAUUAAAAAUAAUAAUAAUAAUUAAAAAAAAGACACUCAGCGGUCUCAUAGGCGGGACUUCCUGCAGACACUGACCCGAGUCCGGCUGUUUAUCUCGGUGUGCAGCGCAAGGCGAGUCAGUGCAGGAUCAGAUAACGCGGUUGUCUCAUCACACACCUCACUAUGUUGGGCUGCUUGCUGCGAGGAGGCUGUAGUCCUCUGCUCUGCCUGUGGGCCCUGGUGCUGCCUUUGGUCUCCCUCCAUCCCUUUAACCAACAUGGGCGCAGGGACCCCAUUGUGAGGGACCGGCCCAAGCUGCUGCUCGUGUCCUUUGAUGGUUUCCGCUGGGAUUACAUACACCGUGUGCCGAUGCCUAACUUUAAAACCAUCAUAGAUGAGGGGGUGAUAGUUAAAGAGGUGGAGAGUGCUUACAUCACUAAAACCUUCCCCAACCACUACAGCUUGGUGACGGGGCUGUAUGCGGAGACGCAUGGCAUUGUGGCCAAUGAGAUGUACGAUCCGGUUCUGAACCGUUCCUUCUCCAUGGAGACAGACAGUAUUUAUGAGUCACUUUGGUGGGAAGAGGCAGUACCUCUAUGGGUGACCAUCCAGAAAGCUGGAGGGCGAAGCGGGGCAGCGAUGUGGCCAGGAUCUGAUGUGAAGAUCCAUGGCAUGUACCCCAAUCAAUACCUUCGGUACAAUGCCUCAGUCUCCUUUGAAACCAGAGUGGAGCGGAUCAUUGAGUGGUUCUCUGCACCCAAAGACGAAUCAGUAGAUUUUGUAGUUCUGUACUGGGAGGAGCCAGAUGAGAGCGGGCACAGACUUGGUCCUCAGAAUCCCGAGAUGGAUAAAGUCAUUGCCGAGAUUGAUGAGAAGCUCGGCUUCCUCAUGAACGAGCUGAAGAAGGCGGGGCUGUAUGAGAAGGUGAACCUGAUAGUGACCAGUGACCACGGAAUGACACAGCUUUCCACUGACAAGAUCAUAGAAUUGGAUGAGUAUGUGACCAGAGACCUGUACACAUGGGUGGAUAAGAGUCCGGUGGUGGGAAUACUACCCAAAGAAGGGAAGUUUGACGAGGUUUAUAGUAAGCUGGUGGAUGCAAACCCAAACAUGGUGGUGUUCAAGAAGGAAGACAUUCCCAAGCACUUCCAUUAUCAGCACAACAUCAGGAUCAUGCCCAUCCUUAUAGAGGCCAAGGAGGGCUGGACCAUCAUGCAGAACAGGACUGGGGCCUUUAUGUCGGGAAACCAUGGCUAUGACAACACCCUACGUAGCAUGCAGCCUGUGUUCGUGGCCCGUGGGCCAGCCUUUCGCCAGAAUUACGUCAAGACCUCCAUGUCCUCUGUUGACCUUUACCCUCUUAUGUGCCACAUCUUGUCCAUCCACCCCCUACCAAACAACGGCUCCCUGUUUAACGUUAGGGACCUGCUGGCUGAAGAGCCAGUUCCAUCCACAUCCAGCGUGCCUCCCAGGGUCAACGAGUACUCCUAUGCCCCCAUCGUGGGUUCUUUUCUCGGCGUGGUGAUGGUGCUGGGCUUUCUGGUGGUCUACAUCAGACAAGUGACGCUCAAACAGUUGCCCUCACUAAAACACAGAAGCCGGGAGAUGUCGCAGCCCUUACUGCAAGAGGACUUGCACCUGUAGCUGAAAUGAUGGCAGACUUAAAAAGAAGAGGAGGUAUUACUCCCCAAGGUAGUAUGCUCUGUCCAGAAGCAUUCCCUAAACGCCUCCCUUAUACGACUAAAUACAACAUUGUGCUGCACUUUUUAUUAGUUGGAGAUCAAGGGAAUCUAAUCUAACCUCCUAAUCAUAUAUAGACGCACACCUUGCUUUUUUUAGUGCAAGGGAAUUGUCUAGAGUGUGCUUCUGGCGCAGGUUUAAUCAAGAUAAUAAACCUUUACAUGGGCUUUAUAGUGGCUUUGCUUUGAUUGUGAAUUUUACCUAAUAUCAUCUCAUCAUUUUUAUUGUCACUUAAUAAGUAAAAAAAUCAAAGCUAAGAGUGGAAUUUUAACCUGUGAUAUUAACAUGAACCUUUUGUUGGCCAAAACCGUGUCUUGGAUAACAUUAAGGUAUCGGUAUGCUUGAAAUGAACUUAUUCGUUAUGAAAGCGUUUCUAGCUGAACAGCUGCGGUGGGGUGAAAAGCCAGCCAUCAUAGAGGGGCAAGAAGCAAUAACCGUGCACACUUUCAGACAAUCUCUUCCUUGAUGGCAUUCAUAGUGUUGCGCUCAUUUGCACAUAAGAAUACAGAGUUAAUGAAGCACGAAGAAGAAUAAAAGAUAGCUUAAAACCCUGUUUACUUACCCCACCCUCUACACACCUGGCCAGUUGCUUCUUAAAUGGAUCCCCCUCCCGAAUUCCAAAGUCAGGGAGAUUUAAAUGCUGUUUGAUGAUCCAAAAAGUAUUUCAUUUGAAGCAUACUGACACCUUUACUCCCUGACAGUAUCAAUAGAAGUGGUUUAUUCAGCCUCGGCAUUUGUUCUACUUGUGGUCUGAGCACUGAAUUAGAAGUUAGCUUGAAAUACGGAUGCUGUGAUCAAACAAAAAAGUAUUCAAAACCAUCUGAGGUCAGAUUGCCUGGGGUCAGUAUUAUUUUUGAAUGUUAUGUGGAAACAGAUGGUCCACUAAAGUCUCACUCACUGUGCCAGGCUACUGCUCAUAUGUGUAGGUCAUUUCCAUGAGCCGAUCACGUCACUAUCUUGCUCUUUAGUAGUCAGUUACCAUUUGCCUUUUAACUUAAACAUCUCUUUAAGGUGUGUAUUAUUUGUGUGUCUGUUUUUUUUGUAGAUUGUGUUUGGAGGGCAUUUUUCUGUGUAGAUGUUCAUACGUGGACUGUCACAACCAUGGCCAUUUGUUGGUGAAACGUGAAGUGCAAUUGCUAUUGGUCAGUAUUUCGUCAUUGGAUUUUAAGGGUUUUGUUGUUGCUUGGUUGAGAAGACUACUUUGGCAUGACUUGCAAGAACUGUUCCCCUGAUUUGCACUAUAGGAGAGAAAUGAACCAGAACGAAGGGGCAGUAGUUGGAUGCUUUUUUAGGUCAUGUAUAAUUUGCACUUCAUGUUCAUAGUUGCUAUUUAAAAUGAUUAAAAAAAAAAAAAAAAAAAAAAGUUAGGUGCCUCUUGCCAAAAAGCUUUUCAAUUAGCAGAAUCAUAGAAAGUCGAGUAGAAUCCCAAAUCUGCAAAUAAAUAAAUCUAAUAUUUUUUCAGCAUCAUUUAAUAUAAUAAUUCGUUAACUUUUCUCCUUAUGCUUUUAGAUGUGAUGACUAAUACCUGUGCCCCAAAACUGACAGACAUCACUGUGAUAUAUACUUUUUACAAAAAUUUAAAUUCAUAAAUUGAAAGCAUUUAUAUGGAAAUUGUUAAUUUUCUGAUAAUUGUCAUUAUUUUAUGAAAGAGAAGUGUUGUCUGAUAAUUUCCCCCUGACUUGUUGACAGAGAAAUGGAAUAUAUCCAUAAUAUAUUUAAGUGAUUCAUUUGGAAUUGUUGGAAAAGAAUAAAUAGUAGAUCAGGUUUAUCUUUCUUAAUUAUUAACUUGGAUUUGAAAUAUGGAUAUUUAAUAUAAUUUACCUUUGCCAUGUUGAUGCAAUUAGUCUUCUGAAAUUAAAGGGACUUCUGUGAAAA